AUGGCUUGUCAUGAUGGUCAUUAUGAAACAGUGAAAUUCUUACUUGACUUAAACUGCCAAGUAUUAAAUAGUCGUGUCGAUACUACCAUAAAAAACAUUUUCGGAGAAUCAGGUUUACAUUUAGUGUCAAAAAACGGACAUAUAGAGGUAGUAAAGUUAUUCGUCGAUGUGGGUAUGAAUCUUAAUGACACAACAAAUGCAGGAUAUACACCACUUUAUCAGGCUUGUCGGAAAGGUCGAUUUGACAUAGUGAAAUACUUACUUGAUGUAAACGGCAAAACAUUAAACAGUCGGGUAGAUACUCUCAUAAAAGGUACUAAUGGAUGGUCAGCUUUACAUACAGCUUGUUUCAAUGGACAUGCAGGAAUACUUAAGUUAUUGAUUUGUGUCGGUAUGGAUAUUAAUGAAAGAGACCAUUCGGGAAAAACAGCUGUUCACUUAGCUAGGAUAAAUGGGCAUGGUGAUAUUGUGAAAAAAUUAAAGGAUAAUUGUGCAGAACUUAAAACAUAUGAUAGCGACAAACGAACAUCACUUAUGAGAGCUAAAGGCAAUGGUUGUCUGAUAUUAUGA